CUCGCUUGACGGAACCUUCAUAGGUACAAAGAAACACUUUAAACAGUUACGUGGAAUUUAAAGAGCAUAAUGGAAAGAAACGGCGUGUUAGGAUGGAAUGUCAAUUCCGAGGUUGUUAUUGCAGAUCGCCCCUUUCCGUGGUUAGAACACAUGAAAGCUGAGAGAUAUUGUUAUGCACCACGUAAAGGUUUACUGCGAAACAAGAAAUGGGACUACAAAGUAGAUAAAGAGUUUAUUCGCAGAUGGGAAGGCUUCACUACAGAGGGGCACGUACCAGACGAUGAUGGAAUAAUUCCUGGUGGACACGGCGUUGUCAUUGGUUAUGGAGUAGAUCUUGGCACCUUCACCAAUACAACGUAUUUUAAACAUCUAGGGUUAACAAAAGACGUAAUAGAGAGAUUGGAGUUGUAUGUUGGACUUCGGGGAGAUAAAGCCAAAGAGGUCCUUCAGAGUAACCCACUAACAUUAUCGAGUGAAGACGCUGCCGAGCUGAGUGAGCGUGUUAUGGAGAGAAAAAUAUCAGAAAUAGCCGAGAUAUACGAUGGAUAUAUUGACGAUAAAGGUAAUCGUAAUUUCCAGACAUUUGAUCAGCUGACACUGGCGCAGAAAACCGUGAUUGCAUCCAUAUUCUAUCAGUACGGGGCUACCAGGAAAAUACCGACAUUGUGGAAACAACUCACAAAUCAGUGGUGGAAAAAUGCCGCGACGAAUCUGAGAAAUUUUGAUGACAAGUUUCCGGAGAGACGGAAAGCAGAAGCUGAAUUGCUGACAAGCGAUGAUGGCGCACUUUCACUACAUUAAUAACCUCCUUGAAUAUUUCACAUCAGGACUCAACUCAUUAUUGUAAUGCG